AUGCCUUCUCCGAGGUCCGGGAGCAUCCCUCACCACGCCUGCAGGCUCCGCGGUUCCCCAGCAACUAAGCUGGGAACAAGGCCCCCACCUGAACGGGGUCUGGAGCUGGACUCUGAGUCUGCUUUACUAAUUCCAGCUUUCGGCGGGCGGCGCCCGGAGACCCGGAUCGGCGCGCACCGGGCGCUGAGCUUCGCCUCAACCCUCGGAUGCUCCCGGACAGCCCCGCUCCGCAGGCGGGAGGCCGCGGGGGCGCUCGGGCUGAGCGCGCUCCAAGUCCGAGUCACGCCUCCCGAGGGCGUGACAGGUGGCGGGGCGGCCGGCCGCAGCUGGUCCAGACCGAGGCACCGAAGAGGCGCCCGCGUCCGCGGCGCCCACGGCAGAGGGGCCGGGGCGCUGUCGGCAGCAGCGGUGCGGGGUGCCGCGGGGGGAGGACCGCCAGGUGGCCCGGCGGAAACGGCGGCCGUUCACUGA